AUGUCCGCCAUCACAACUAAAAUCGUAGAAAAAUACAAUCUCAGCUCCGAGAUGAGUGUGAGCAAUCUCAGACAGUAUACCUCAGAGUUUCUCGAGAAUCUUACUGAUGAUAGAAAGCGGAAUCAGGCUCGCAGACGCCUUCGGGAUGGUUUUAAAUUUAGCAGUGAACAG